UGCAGAGAAGAAGUCGGCGGGGACUGUCCGACGGGACUGUUUUACCAGCUGUUCUAUCAUUCGCGCUUGGUUCGUGAUUUGGGUUCAUAUUGCGCUUUUUUAUUAAUCAUUGUUUAUUAAUAGCCACUGAGAUCGGCUGUGCGUUUUCGUCUGUGGGCUAACUGUGCUGAAACACCGGCGUCAAUAGCAAUGACAAGCUAACGUUUAUGUGGAUGUCGCGGCUAAUCGAACAAACCUUGAAAAUGACUUCACCUGGACUACAGCUGACUCGAUUUCGAGGGCAGUUCUGCAUUGCAAUGAGGCUCUGAGGCAUGAAUUCAGUCUCCCCCAGUGCAGCUCAGUACGUUGGCGGCACGAUGCAGUCCCAGCUGAUGGACAGUCGAAGACUGCCGGAGCAGCCGGGCAGCUGCGGCGCCAGGCAGCCGCAGAACCUGGACCCAGGCAGGGAGGCAACCGGAGAGCCGGACGAGGUCGACAAGCUUAAAGCCAAACUGAUGUCGGCGUGGAACAAUGUUAAAUACGGGUGGACGAUUAAAUCUAAAACCUCAUUCAACAAGAUGUCACCAGUCACCAUGCUUGGACACAGCUACCUGCUUAACAGUGAAGAUGAGGUGGAGCGGUUCAGUCUGGCCUUCAUAUCCAGGAUCUGGUUGACUUACAGGAGGGAGUUUCCUCUGCUGGAGGGUUCUACCUGGACCACUGACUGUGGUUGGGGCUGUAUGCUGCGCAGUGGUCAGAUGCUGCUGGCUCAGGGACUUCUGGUCCACAUGAUGCCUCGAGAUUGGACCUGGCCUGAUGCUCAGCAGCUAACUGACGUGGACUUUGAGCUCUUUCGUCCGCGCUCUCCAGUCCGAGCUGGCGGGGUGCCCAUCCCCUCCUUUGGCUCUCCAAGAGCACCGAGCACCCCUGAAAAGACUCUGGCGACUAGACAGCAGUCCAAAUGCAGCCUUAAGAAGAGGCAGGAGUCUGUGAGGGACAGGCAGGCAGAGCCCACCCACCUCAAGCUGCUCACAUGGUUUGGUGAUCAGCCUCCUGCCCCUUUCGGUGUCCACCAGCUGGUGAGCAUUGGCAGGAGUUCAGGGAAGAAAGCCGGGGACUGGUAUGGCCCCUCCAUUGUUGCUCACAUACUACGGAAAGCAGUGGCAAGAACACCAGUUGUCCAAAAUCUUGUUGUUUAUGUGGCUCAGGACUGUACAGUGUACAAAGAAGAUGUUGUGCGUCUCUGUGACCUGAGUAUGACCUCACCCGGUUCCACGAGUGAAUCCUGGAAGUCAGUCAUUAUUCUGGUGCCAGUUCGGCUGGGAGGGGAAGUCCUCAACCCGUCUUACACAGAAUGCGUCAAGAACAUACUCAAGCUGGAGUGUUGCAUCGGGAUCAUCGGCGGAAAACCUAAACACUCGCUCUACUUUGUUGGUUUCCAAGAUGAGCAGCUUCUCUACCUGGACCCUCACUACUGCCAACCAGUGGUCGAUGUCACACAAGUCAAUUUCUCACUGGAGUCCUUCCACUGUAGCGCUCCCAAAAAGAUGCCCUUCAACCGGAUGGAUCCAAGUUGCACUAUCGGAUUUUAUGCAAAGAACAAGAAAGACUUUGAGUCUCUGUGUUCAGCAGUGAGCUUGGCUCUCUCAACAUCCAUGGAGAAGUACCCCAUCUUCACGAUUGUAGAGGGUCUAAGUCAAGACUAUGGACUUGAGGGACACAGCGGCCUCCAUGUUGGCUCUGACCCCCACAUCCUGCCCCAAACCAACAACCCGGGCAUGAGUAACAACAGAAGAAACAGUGACGAAUUUGUCUUCCUGUGAUGCUGCUUAUGGAUGAAGGUGCAGAGAGAUCUCAUGCAUCAGAGUCUUGUGGCAUUUUCGGGAUUCCUGUCACAACUGGAUUUGAAGUAUGGAUCCCAACGUAACCGAGUGUUUUUGUUCUUGAACAUAAAAGGGCGUCCGCACGGACAUUCACUUCCUCUGAUGAAGGACACCGCUGCUUAACACUUGGUUACUUAGAACAUGAGGCAUUUACCGUCAGGGCUGGAUUACGUUCUCUGAGUGUGUGAAAUCUACUGGACACAUUUGUUUUUAAAUCGGUUGAUGUAUUUAUCAGAUUCAUGAAUGACUGUGUGUAGUGAGUGAGUGCAGUUGUGUAGAUCUCAGCCAUUUUCUUUUUUUUUUUUGUCUUCACUGUUGCAUAGCUCAGAUUCGUCUCGCCAACCAUUAGUGGCUGGUUGGUCUGUGCAGUUGCGGGCAUGAUCUCAUGGGACAAGUCAUCACCUGACCUGGAUCUCUCCCUGUGUUUGUCUGGCUUUUCACUACUGCAGUUGCACUACUGUUGGUUAUUGUCUGAUUAAACCUCACACUGGAGUCACAUGACUGGUGUAUGAAUUCGGCACAAUGAUGUGCUUUAUUUUAGUCCACUCACUUCAUCUUUUAUUUGCUUUUAUUGUAUUGUUUUGUUGAGCUCAAAAUGCGAAGCACUGCUGCUUUGUUUGAUUUUAAAUUGGUUCCAGCUAAAGUU